GUUGGUUGGUUUUUAUUUUAACUACUUUGUGUUAUUUCCGCAAACAACGACAUUUUCCAAAAGCUCAUCCUCUCAGACUCCAUACGCAACUGAAGUGGAGAUGCCGUGGUGAAAAUGAAGGAAUGUAUAUUAAGAAUAUACGCUUUGGCUGACUAAAACAUUGCUUAAUCAGUCUAGGAAGAUUUGCCAAUGUACCCCACGAGAGGUUAAAGACAACAUUUUGCCAAAAAUCUCCAAAGUUUGUAAGAAGAAAUGGAUUGCACUGAGCUUUUACAUCUGAAUGUUGGUGGGGUCAUGUACACGACCACCAGAGCGACACUAUGUAAGUACCGAGACUCCAUGAUAGGGGCAAUGUUUAUGGGCAACAUGAUGUCAGCUACUGAUCAAAAGGGACGUCUUUUUAUUGACAGAGAUGGCGAAAUGUUCAAAUAUGUCCUCAACUUCCUGCGUUCAUCAAAACUUAGUCUUCCCAAUGACUUUAAAGAUUUCGACCUGCUUGCUGUAGAAGCUGAUUUCUAUCAGAUACAGCCCCUAAUUGAUGCUAUCACUGUAUUACGAGAUGAAAGACAGAGAGACGAUCUCAUGACUCAUUUCUAUGUUGAAGUGAUCGAGGUACGGACAGGCACAACUGCCACCAUGCCUUCAAACAACUCGAGAGUGAAGACGGUUCUUGCCGGAAGGAAAGAUGUCAUUCUUUCAUUACCUUCUGAACUAGUUGGCGAAGGAGCUUCAGAAAAGUUACAGAAGAAUGAAGGAUUCGAUUAUGUUGAGCUUCAGCUCAAUGGUGCAAAUGUCAGACUCAGACUUGCGGAAACACUAAGAAACGGAGGAUGGCAUAUUGUGGAUACAAAUCUGUCAUCGUCGUCCAGUCUCGUCACUUCAUUUACAGGAAACACGCUAUUUAUAGAGCAAACCUACCGUGAUAGAUGGAGGUUAACCUUGCCAAAAAUAAAGAAACUUGCAACAUACAUGUAGAAUUCUGUCUUUUUACUAACAAACACUAGCAUUAACUGAAGAAUGCAUCAACUAAUACCUCAAAGCCUCAAAUACCUUAAGUCAAGUUUGAUUGACAGAUUGAGGAAGAUAAUCUUUAAAAAUUAAAUCUGUAGUUCCUUCAAAAAUCCCUUUAAAAAUACUAUUCUGUUAAUCAUGAAUUAAUCAAUGUAACAUUAGCCCUCUAAUAUGUCCAAUCCUUCAGAGUAAUUUUUAACUGAGAAUGAAAUAGAUUUGAUAUAAAAAGCUGUUCUGUUAAGUAUAUGAAUUAAUCAAUAUUACACUAGCCCACAAAUAAUGCGUGUUCAUUUUUUGUAAUGAAAAAAAUGAAGAGUAAAAAGUUGAAUUGUUUUGCCAAAGCAUAACUAAAUAUUUUCAAAGUUAGAGCUUUGUUAAAGAUUUAAUUAUUCAAAUUUUGGAGCUUUCAAAUUAUUGGUAUAAAUUGACCUCAGUAAGGCUGGAAAUACAAAUUGUAUAUUUCGUUACAUAAAUUCAAGAUUUUUUUUUUUAAUUUUUUUUUUCGUUUUCAAAAAAAGUACAAUAUGCUGAUAAAAACGUCUCAUACAGUGACAAAUUUGUCUCGUAGUAUAAUAAUAAAUCCCACAACAACCUCCCAACACCAUUGACCUCCCUCUUAACUUAUUUGAUAUUUUCCUAGUACAUUGUAUGGUUGUUUCUAUGUGUUGGUUUUGAAUAUUUUUUUCUGAUUUUGGGUGUUUUCUUUUUCAGAUUUUGAAUUGUUUUUCAGAUUUUGUUCUGUUUAAUGACCUUCUAGCAAUAGUUUUGUGUUAUUUUUGUUUUGUUUUUACAUUUAGAUUAUUUAUUGUUUAUGAAUAUGCAUGGUCUUUACAGACUGAUGGGCCAUUUGUUUUACGUUCAGAUUUAGUCAUUUUAAUGAUUUUGUUUGUGUUUAUUUUUUGUAUUUGCAUGUGCACUUAUUGAAUUUCCACACAAAUGUAUAUAUCUAAAUAUGAUCUACUGCCUACUUGCCAAUGUGAAUGUAUCUUGAUCGAUGAAUAAUGGAGCAUUCUAUUUGCUCUGGAUGUUUGCCCUGUUUUGCAGCUGUAGCAGCUGAAAAGUCAGUCUCUCAUACUCCUAGCUAAAGACUAUUUUUCUUUUUCAAAAUGAAGCAAACAAAUAAGGAUUAUCUUCAUAAUUUCUAUGAAAAUAUUGUAUAAUUUCAAAAUUCUUGUGAAUUAUAGAUAGAAAAACAUUGAAAUACAUGUACAAUGAAUUUCAAUUAUCACUCAAACUGACAUUUUUAUUCUAGAUACAGAUAUAUUUCAAGACAGCUUUAUAAUGAAAAACGAAAGUGUAGAGUAUAUUUCUUGAGUAUUAACUUAAACUCUUCAUUUUUGCAUCAUAGUAGUCAAUUAGAUCAAUUGAAAAAUCUGUGUGCCUUUUCUACUCAAUGAAACAAAAAAAAUAAUUUCUAUGUGAAACUUCCUGGCAUUACAUGGAAAAGUAAGUUUUAUGAAAAAGUGACAAACACAAAAAAGGAGAACAUAUAGGUAUCCAAUAUCUAUUGAAUCUUGCAGAUUAUAUUCAAAUUUCCAAACACUUUUUUUCAGCAUAUAUAAGGCCCUUUACUAAUUUCACAGGGGCUAUAUAGCUAUUUUUCAUGUCUAUUCGUGUGUAAAUUGCAUGUUCCUACCAGAGCAAACUGCACAAUGGAGUACUUUUUGCAUGCUUUAUAAUAGUAUAUUCUUUUAUCCUAUGCUUGCAGAUCCUAUCAUGUUUAUUCUGUUGAACCAUACUCUCUAGAUAUUUGUGCAUACACUGUCAGGCCAAAAUAAAAAUAUAGUUGGUUUUGUGUAACCCGAUGACCCAGAAAAAAUGCACAAACUCCAAAAAUUUUAUUGUAAAAAAUAAUUGUUUUUUUAAUGAUUUGACCAUUCUGGAUAUUAAUGUACGGAUGUUGCUGUGCAGGUUUGAUACUACAUCUCCCAAACCCAAAUAAGGUUGGUGUGUGUUUCUUUUGUUUAAGAACACAAAAUAAAUAAUGAUUUGCAUAUUUUAGUGUAUUUUCCUAUCAAAGGUUGAAAAUCUGCUUUCAGAACUGAAUAAAAAAAAAUCCAGCCCUACCUACCUACCUACCUACCUAUAUGUAAGACCCCCUGGUCGGGUUACAGCAAACCAAGAUAUUUUUAAGGGUGGCCUCAUCUAUGAUUGUGAGCUCAACUGCUGAAGCACCACACAUAAUGUUAGUAAUUUUAAAGUUUUGAAAUAGAAACUGAUUUUAUACAUCACAUGUAACCGAUAACACAUACCUUUGUGUAUACAUGUAUACUAAGUAUAUAUGUAUGUUAAAUGAUUAUAAUCAAUCGAAAAACAUACUUGGCUGUGAGUUAUUUAUGGCAAGAUAACACUCAAUUUAGGAGGCGAUAUGCAUGUUUUACCUUUAUGCUUGUAACUAAUGUAAAUGCCAACAACAGAAAUGAAAGGAUGUACAAUUCUGUCUUUCAAGAAUGCAUUAUACAAUGUACUUAAGUUAGUUGUGCUUUCCCCUGGUGGGCUUACAUGUAUGCAACCUUAACUUAUAAAGCUCACUUGAAUCACAGGGAUUUGUCUAGUCUUACAUUUGAAAUGAAAUAGCCAGGCUAUUUAUUUAUUUUAUUUUAUUGUUUUUAGUAUAAGACUGUGUCCCUGUGCUUGGAGUGUAUCCUAUAUUUUGUAGAAAAAUGUGCACAAUUGAAAUCACUUGUUAGUAUGUUUUGUAAGCACAUAUAUAUUUUAUAUAUAUUUUUAUAGCAUGGACACAUUUAGAUUUAUUCAUCAAACAACUUGGUGUCGGCUGCUGUUUCAGAAUAUCUCCCCAGCAUUAUGUAAUAUUCCUUGCUUGCUUCUUGUAAUUUCUUGAGAGUAUCUUUUUGUGGCUAGUGGUUCUAAAUUAUAUUAUACACCCAUCUAUGUUCCUACGAAACAGUGUCGCCAACUCACCAAAACUUGUCAGGCAAACCAGAUAGAUAUAAAAAUAAUAGAACCGCCUUAUGUUUAUCUUGCUUGCAGCUACCAUGGUUCUCACUUUGAGGACAUGAUUUAACCUUAUUUGUCCUACAUUUGCAUGACAGAUGUUGUCAAUGAAGCAGAUGUUGUCAAUGAAGCAGAUGUUGUCAAUGAAGCAGAAGAACACUUAUCCAUCCGAUAUUCUUUUACCUUUUCCAUUGUCUUUAGCAAGUCUAUUGUUUGGUCAUAUUUUGCUCUUGUUUUAGCGAUAUUGAGUUAGUUACGAUUCCGUUUCUCUGUCUUUAAAAGAUGCAAUUCAACAAGAUCUUAAAAUCAGAAUGACAACUGUAAAAUUAAUUAAUUAUAAGCCCGCUUUACUUGGCGAUCUUUGAAAACACCUCUUCGACCUUGAUUCUGUAGGCCUAUAAGGCAAGUGAAUGUUGGCGACACUGUUAAAAGGGUCUAGCUGUAUACGCAUGUCCUGGUGAAUAUUUGCUAUUGGUAUGCAAAUGGUUUUCAGCUGCUCUAACAUUAAACUCGUUCCACAUGAUAAGAAGUAACACAAUUAUCCAUUACCGCAUGAUCCCAACCGUAUUGUUUUAUAUUUUCCAUGUCCCGUGAAUGUAUUUCACAAUGCAUGUCACAUGUACAGUAUAAUGCAGAUCGUAACGUAAAAAAAAUGAAAAUGGAUCCAAAAUGGAUUCGCAGCAUUAAAUUUACAUUUCUCACAAUUUGAAACCUAUUCUUGCACAUUAUGAAUCAUAAAAGGUGACUUCAGAUUGUUAAACUGUAAGCUGUGAAGCCAUAUUGCAUAUCAAAGACUAGACCGAGUUUCUCACACCAGAUGAAAGAAUAUUUUGACGGACAGGUGAUGUAUAUUGGCUCUAGUGUCUAGCAUCUGUUGUAAGGUCAGGGGAAACUCGGAAUCGUUAAAUCUGGCACGCGAAAGAUUACAGUCGAUAAUGAGGUUAUAGCUUGAUACUAACACCAUAAUCAGGACUAUGUUAUAUAGUAAAACCCUUUAAUCAGAGAAAGAGCUUAAAUGUCUUGUUUCUUUUUUACAAAAUACAAAUCUCAUGCAUGA